UCUUCUUCAUCAUCUUCUUCAGGUUUUUGGCCCCAAAUGAAAUGGGACAUGGAAAUCGAGGAAAUCGAGGCCGUGCUGGAGAAGAUUUGGGACCUCCACGAUAAGCUCAGCGACGCCAUCCACUCCAUUUCCCGCGCUCACUUCCUCCACUCCGUCAAGGCCCUCCGCCACUCCUCGUCGGAGAAGAAGAAGAAGAAGAACCACAACAACAACUACACCAACUCCGGUCAGCUCCUCUACGGAAGCGCCGCGGCGGCGGCGGAGGAGGAGGAGAGCCGGACCGGGUUCGUGUUCGUCAAGGACUUCCGAGUCGAGCCGGACGAUGACUCGGCGAUAACGGAGGCGAAGAGCCUUAAUGCGAUUAGGACCGCGCUGGAGAACCUUGAGGACCAGCUCGAGUUCUUCCAUACUGCACAGGUGCAGCAACGAGCCGAGAGAGAUGCUGCAAUUGCACGCUUGGAGCAAAGCCGCAUUGUCCUAGCAUUGAGAUUGUCUGAACACCAUGGCAAGAAAUACAAGGUGAUUGAAGAAGCUCUUGCCUUUGUUGGAGAUGUUUGUGAUGCAAAUGGCUUUGUUUCUCCCGAAAAUCUGUAUGGUCCUGCAGUCACUUCUGGUGACAACUUGGUGAACUCUGAAGGGAAGAGGUCUAACAUCUUGAUGAAAGCUCUUGCUUCAAGUGUAAAUUUUGCCAAGAAGACUCUUAGGAUGGAUAACAUGGGUGGAUUACUGGGAAAUGCUGCUUUGGUAGCAGUCAGCAUGAUAGCGUUGGUGCAUAUUCAACAGGUUGCAGUGAAGGAGCAUCCGCAGAUGCUGGAAGAUAAAAUCUACGUUAACAGGACUGCUAGAAGAACUUCCAGGACAGAGGGGGCGUCAUCCAGCAGUCGUCUCAUCAACUUGGAUGUGCUAUUAGCCCGGGGUUAAGGAAGAAAUCCCAAAAUUUUGUAGCAGGCAGUUGAAUGAUUGGUGGCCUUACUUCAUAGUUCCAUUGGGUUUGAAUCAUUCAUCGAGAGGUGUGGAGGUGUGGUACUGUGUAAUUUUGUAGGCCGUUCUUAUUCAAGUUUUAGUCAACACGAACUAUCUUACAGGAUAUUGUAGGCUUGUUCCUCUCUUUUAUGUAGUCAUCUGAAAUCGGUUGUGCAUAUAUAAAGUUCUGAUAUUCUGUCGUUAAUUCCGACUUGUUCUGUUUU